CUUUACUCAAUUAUUCACUGCUUUACAUAAAAACUAAUAAUCGUUACGAACUGAUGAUCUGCGUUCUCCUUCCAACACGUGCAGAAAACAAGCGCCUAGGGUUGAUUUCAUUGCUAAUACUAUCCACGUGACCAUCAUAUUUUCAUAGUGACUACAAGAUGGCGGGAACGGCAUACUCGAGAACGGGGAUGUUAGAAGUUUAUGUUCAUCAACAAUGGCAUAAAGUUUUAGUUACACUUGAAGAAGACUGUCUUAACAUUAGUUUAGACGAAAGUUACGAAGCUACUAACGGUUCAUCCAAUGGAUUGUCAGAUACAGAGCCGCCAGAUAUAUCUGAAAGUAUUGCCAAUCAAAAGAGAAUGGUGCGUGUAGUGAAACAGGAUAACAACGGUCUUGGUAUUAGUAUUAAGGGUGGAAAGGAAAAUAAAAUGCCAAUAUUGAUCAGUAAAAUUUUUAAGGGAAUGGCAGCAGAUCAAACAGAACAACUUUAUGUAGGAGAUGCCAUCCUUUCUGUAAAUGGGGAGGAUCUUAGAGAUGCAACUCACGACGAAGCUGUUAGAGCAUUGAAAAGAGCAGGAAAAAUUGUUGAUUUGGAGGUAAAAUAUUUGCGGGAAGUGACUCCAUAUUUCCGGAAGACCAUGGUGCUAUCAGAAAUAGGCUGGGACUUUCAGCAUGGUGGGUUUCUCUCAAGAGACAUUUUAAGAGAGCAGGACAAACUUUCAAGGUCAGAUACUCGGUGUGUUCCACUGCUUUUGUGUUACCUUGUGAGGAAUCUUACAAUCCAAGAUCCAGAAAACAGAACCUUUGAGCUGCAUUCUCCAGACAGACGAAAUUCAUGUAUUUUACGAUGUUCUGAUAGUGUUCAGUGCUCAGCCUGGUUUAAUGCCAUCCAUACAGUGAUUUAUAAUCUCAUGAGUAAGGCAGUGGUGGAAGCCAAUCAUUUAUUAGUUGAUGUCUUAGAGAAAGCAGAACUCAAGUAUAUGGGUUGGCUUAGUGAAAAGACGCAUGAUGAAUCGGGGAGUGUACAAUGGAGACAAAUAUUUCUUGCUGUGACUGAGCGAGAUGUCCUAUUUUAUGACCUUGUCCCGUGGACCAAAGAAGCUUGGGCUGUCCCUGCGCACAGCUCUCCUCUUGUUCAAACAAGGUUGGUCCGUUCAAGCUCAACUCGAAGCCAUCCAGGAAACAUAUCAAUACCAGGUAUUACAGAUGUCACAAGCUUCACACUUAGGAUUGGUACAAGACAAGGAGUUAAUUGUAGAGUCUUGAGAGUGGAAACACACAGGGAUCUUGCCACAUGGGUUCGACAUUUAGUUCAGGGUGCACAUAAUGCUGUUCUAGCAAUGAAGGAAGCCCGAUUUUCAUGUGUGUAUCAAGGAAAUGAUUGUCAGAUUGUAUUACAUUAUGAAAAUGGUUUCUUGCUGUUGGAUGGGAGACAACAAACAAUAUUAUGGCAGUAUACUUAUGAAAAACUAAUGAUGUCUGCUGAUGAUGGAGCGCAGUUAGUGUGGUUGGAUUUUGGAAGUGAUGAAGGAGAAAAGGAAUUAGACAUGAUGCAGUGUCCAAAACCAUUUAUAUUUACUCUUCAUACUUUCCUCUCUGCAAAAGUCACACGGAUGGGACUAGUAGCAUGAAAGACAGGAGAACACAGCUAGCAGCCUUUCUUUCUUUUUUUUUUUUGUCUCUAUCAUAUCAUUAAUAAAUCUGGACCAAUAUAAUUAUGAUUUUGAUUUAAACUUUUGUCAAGUAAUCUAAACUUUUCUAUACUUUGUGUAUCUAAAAGGAGAAUGAAAAUUGUCAUGGUUACUUACUUAUUCUUAGAAGUAUAUUAUUGAGUCAGUACAUAUUUUUUUUAAAGAUAAAUUUCUAUUAAAUCAACACACAAAAUUUGUACUCUAACUUGCAGUGCAUAGUACUAAGGCUUUUGAUGUUUUGUAUGAAUUAUUUUAUUGCUUAAAUCAGUUUCCUAGAUUACUUUUUAACAUAAUAUUAUGAGUUAUGAUUUACUUAUUAGUCUAGUUUAAUAUAAUAGUGAGAUUUAAUAUAGUGUAAUAUGACUUAAUUAAAACUAAAUACCAUGGUUGUUGUCAGAAAUUAUAACUACUGAAAAAGUAGAACUAAAAAGAAGUAUAUGUUUAAAUAUUAACUAUAUUUUUUGUUGCCUAUUUGUUUAAGUGGUUUAGUAAUGAUUACAUUCUCAUACUGCAGCUGUUAUUUGAGAAAUCAGACAUUAAAAUCAUUUUAGAUAGAUUUGUAAUUUUUUCUUAAAAGUAGCCAUGACAGUUGGUAAGUUAAACUAUUGUGGUUGCUAAUAAGCCACUUUUAGAACAUGUAAUUUUUAAACUUUUAACAGUUUUUUUUUUUCAUUAGUCUAACUUAUUACCAUACACUAUGUACAUAUAUAAUUGUGUAUCUAUUUGGUGAAAACUGAAAAAAAUAGUUAAAAACAAAAUCCAGUUUGUGGAGAGCAAUAACAUACAAUGUGAUUUUACUAAGAAAAUCUAUGUUAAAGUUGUCUAAACAAUUUCAGUAGUAAUAUGCAUUGAGGUAACAUAUAAGUUUAACUUUGUCAAUUAAGUGUAAAACAUAAAUUGAAAUGGUCAUGAAACUACUAAAGAAAAAAGUGUUUAAAUAUACAAUGUAAACAUAAGAAAACUGAAUGAACAAAAAGAAAAAUUAAGGUUCUUAAACAGUGGCUCUCAACUUUCUUCAAACAUUAAGGUGAAUAAAGCCAAGUAAGCAGUUACAAAGUUUUCAUGUAUUUAUCUAAUGUACCCUCUUUUUUCAAAUAAUUUCAUAUUGUUAUAUUUUAUGUUUUAUUUAGUUUUAACCAGGAUUGUUUUAGCUGAAUAUGCAACUUGUUUUACAAAAUUUUUCAAGAUUCUGAAGCCUUCUGUUGGCAAGCUGAUAAAAUACCAUUCUCUUUGAUUCAAUGCAACUACUUAUUUCUAUUUACCACUUAUGUUUUUUUAUGUACAAAAGAAAUUUAUGGUUCAAAAGAAUCGGCCAAAGUGAUUUAAAACAUAGCCUUUAUGUAGAUUUGAUAAACUUUUAUGUAUUAAAACAUGUUAUGCAGCUAUUUGCUAUAGCUUUAUUACUGUUAUAUAUUAAUUAAACAUCAUACCUGCUUUAUUGUUUGUUG